AUGGAACAUUACGACCGCCCGGAAUACCACUACAACUACCGGGAAGGCACCUCUCUUCAAGGAGGUAGUUAUCAGGUAGCCGACCCGUCUAUCACUAUGAUGAACGACAGCCUUGCCGGAAAUCUAGAAAGCCCAUCCCUCUGGCCACAACCUGCCGUCCCACAAGAUAUGUACAGUAACCAUGCGGGCGAGCCUCAGCAAUUCUUCCCACCUUACUUAGGUCACCCAUUCGAUCGCAACCGCCAACGAUUAUAUGACCAGCAAUCGUACAUGAUAUGCCCCGCUCCGCAGUCACAGUGCACAAGAUUUGAUCCUCAAACCAUUUUGAUCGCCGAGGCCCAUCACAACCACGCGCAAGCACUCGACAGCAUUCCUGACGAUUACAAUCAUUCUCCCCCCUUCAAUGGGCUUGAUAGACCGCAGAACAAUUCUCUGCCGUUCGCUCAGCACGGACUCAUGGAAGCUUCCACGACUCCGUCGCCCACCUCAAGGCAACUAGCCACCGAGGCCGUGUCCGACGCUGCUGAGAAGAGACGUGUCAACCCGCACCGUUUCUUCUGCCAGUACUGUGAUAGAGGCUUCACAGCCAGGCAUAAUUAUUAUCGUCACCUCGGAGCUCACAAUGACGAACGGCCAUUUGGUUGUGAAUGUGGCUCGGCUUUUACUACUAAGUCAGACCUCAAGCGGCACAAGUUUAAGUCAAAGAAGCACGGUCACGGACAACAUCAUGCAGCAGACUGCAAUUAA